AUGUGCUGGGGUCAAGCUGUUGGGUCAGCUCUGCACGGUGUGGCUGCGUGUGGAUCUCGGGUCACUACAUCACGGACGGAAGCAAGUAUCAUGAUGCAACGCAUGCUUGAUAACACGCAUCUCUUGAAGUGUCCGAGAGACGUGUCGGCUGAUCUGGCAGAUGCAAAGGACAUCUUGCUUAGAUAUACGGUCAUCAAUACGGCCAUCCGUCUCGCAUUGCCGGGUGCGGCAAUUAUCAGGGUCGCAUGGAAGGCCGCAUUGAGUUUUGAGCGGGAAGAUGACGACAGCCGCACGAAGGGGGUCGGUCUCAUCGUCGGCCGCAUUCUUGGCCAGUUCAUGUGGACAAUCAACCACAUCUUGGGACCGGACUUGGAGUUGGCCAAGGGGCUCAAGUGGCCCAAUUAUAGCGAGGCGAAGACAAAGGCAGACAGCAAGUAUGGCAGUCCGUAA